AUUCAAACUAUUUUCUUCAUAACAUGUAUUGUUGGAAAGGAAAAAGGUGCAAAGCAAACAGAGUCGACUUUUAUGGCUCUCAUGGAAACGCUGUCGCUACACAUAACAUAAAGUCCAGGUCAUAAAAUAUCUAAUCAGGCUGUGUGUGCUUAUCAACGAUCGUUCCACCUUUUUCCACACCCAGCCACCCACCCAUACACUAAAGGACAAAUCAUAUAAAUAGUAAUAUAGCUGACAGAGGAAUUCCCUCUGUGUCCUUUUGUGUGUUCACCUGCAAAGAUGUGUACGGGAGCGUGCGCCAAGGUCAUCGCCAUACCCCUCUAUAUCCUGGCGUUGCUGUCCAUCAUCUGCAACAUUGUGCUCUUCUUCCCCGACCUCCAAACCGAAUAUGCGGCCGAUGAUCGUGAUGGACUGCCCCGGAUCACUGAGGAAGUUAAAUACAUGGGGGGAGUGAUCGGGGGAGGCAUAAUGGUCCUCAUUCCUGCCAUCCAUAUUCACCUGACCAGCUCUGGCAAAUGCUGUGCCAACCGCUGUGGGAUGUUCCUGUCCAUCGGCUUCGCGGCUGUGGGCGUGGUCGGGGCCAUAUACAGCUUGAGCGCGGCUGCCCUCGGGCUUUCCAACGGUCCGCUGUGCUACUGGAGCAAUCAGAAAAAUCCCAUUCCAAAAUGGGGGGUUCCCUUUGCAAACAGCACUGGGAGCUACCUGACAGAUAAGGAAAUGUGGAAAUGGUGCAGGCUCCCCGAGGAUGUCGUUGAAUUCAACGUGGGGCUGUUCUCCACCCUUUUGGCGGCGGCCUCCCUUGAAUUGAUCCUCUGUCUCAUUCAAAUGAUCAAUGGGCUUUUCGGAUGCAUCUGUGGCACUUGUACCGGAAAAGAGCAGUAAGCCAGCCGGAUAAACCCUGAAAGACGAGACGACCUGCAUUGACGCCAUCGAGCGUUAUCGACUUGAGCUCCGUUUCACAAUUGAAAAUGGACACUUUGGGAAAUCAUUGCUACAUCGUCUUGGCUCUCCUUAUUGCUCGAUUAUGUGAUUCCAUUCUCUGCUUUCUCAAUAGCUAUGCUACAUUUCUGUCUGUGUGUGUUUGAAGAUAUUUUGUAAUAAAUCUCCCAAU